AUGGUUGACAAAGCAACCAAGGAAGGGGCAAAACUCUCCCCACCCCCUAAUCCGAUCUGUACACUGGCCUCCUUAAAAAGGCUAAUCAGAACAAAGGCUACUAAAGCGGAUGAACAACUUUGGAACACUGUCAAACCCCAGUAUUACAAGGAUCUCCAAUAUAAACACACUCCCAAUACGAGCACCCUCUUUUUGAAGAGAGCUACACUUCAUCACAUCCUCGCAGCCAGAUCAUAG